AUUCUCAAUAGACCAGACUUUACAGCACAAUCACAUGCAUUUGUUAUCUGGAUCCAAACCACUCAGACCCGAAUCCUCCUCCGCCUCCACCCGAAUUUCGGAAUCCACCAGCCCGAAACCCAACAACCCAGCUUUCCUACCCGAAACUCCAUUGCCCGGCAAAGCUCGGUCCAAGCGCUCCCGUGCAGCACCUUGCGAUUGGUCCACGCGUCUUCUUCAUGUGUCUCCGAAAGCACCAAUUAUGAAACGUGAGAACUCGAGCUCAAGUUUGAAUACAGACUUAGGGUCAAUUCGGAAAUGCUUGCAUUGUGGGGCAGAAAAGACCCCACAAUGGCGAACCGGACCUAUGGGUCCGAAAACAUUGUGUAAUGCAUGUGGAGUUCGAUACAAGUCAGGUCGGUUGGUGCCCGAAUACCGACCCGCAGCAAGUCCAACAUUUAUGUCGACAAAACAUUCAAAUUCACAUAGGAAGGUAAUGGAGCUUAGGAGGCAAAAGGACUUGCAAAAAGCACAACAACAACAAUUCCUUACUCAAAAUUCAUUUUUCGGAGUAUCGAACGGUGGGGAUGAGUACGUGAUUCAUCAUCAUACCGGACCCGAUUUUAGGCAUAUGAUUUAAGGUUGGAGCUCCGAGUUUAACGAUGUAUUGUAGUUUAAUUUCCUAAUUUUUGGUUCUAAGAAUUUGAUUUUGUAGCUUUGUGUUGGGCAAAAAAAUGUACAAUUUUAAAAGAAGAGUUGGAGGAAGAAGAGGAUUAAAUGUACCUUUAAUUGUUCUUCACUUGCCCAAUUUGGCAA